GUUUUUGUGUUUAUUUGUCUCUGUGAUAGUAUUUAUUUACAGGGAAACUGAUUGGAUAGAUAUGAUAUCCAUAUCUUGUAUCAGUUACUUUAUUCCGAUUACCUAGUUAUCAAUUAUAAAUUAAUAUAUAUUUAUAAAAAUGGUUAGAACGUGGUGAUAACAGUCUCCUAUAUUUGGCUGUAUAAGUGCAAACACACGCAUAUGAUAUGGCUAGCACAAGUGAUACAUCUCACAUAUUUUUCUAUAACUUAAAAGAGUUUCCAUUAAUAAUAGAUGGAAGAAUUAAUCUUACGGAUUUUUUAGCAGCUACUAAUGAUUUAGUGAUUUUAGUUGAACGCCUCGGAAAAAUAUUCAAACCUGUAAAAUAUGACAUGCAAGGAAAUAUUGAUAAAAUAAAGAGUUUCUAUGUUUUUGAUGGAUCAUCGUGUUUGCUAGAAGUAAUGCUUAAUGAAAUCAAUGAUGGGAAAUGUAAUGGGGCGGAAGGAGUGUUAUGGCUUAAUAGAGCAAUAUUGUUUUUUGAGCUAAUAUUCCAAGAGAUAUUGAAGUGUCUGCAAGUCAAUAACUAUGAUAUAAAUUUGACAAAAAUAUAUAUAAUUGCUUAUGAAAGCUCAGUAAAAAAAUAUCAUAACUGGGUUAUACAACAACUAUUUGCUCUUAUCUGCAAAAUGUCUCCAUCAUUUAAAGAAAUAAUGAGUUCACUAGAAGUUGAAAAGGAUAUGGGUGGAUUUGAAUUAAAAUUAGCAAGUUAUAAUGACAAAUUGCAUUUAAUUAGAUGUAAAAUUGAUGACUUUUUUGUUGAACAUAAUUUAUUUCAAUAAUGUCAAAAUUGAAAUGAAGCUGCGAUUACAUUGUUCAAAGGUUUUGCAUUAAUGAAUGGCAUAUUAUUUAAAAUAUGGAAAUAAAAUUAAGCUUUUAUUUUCUGACCAUGAUUUGAGUUUAAGUUAGUUUAGUUUAAUUAAGAAUAUUAAUUUAGUUUUAUGUUUGUUUACCAAUACAAUUUAUGUUGAUCAAUAAAUGUGAUUUGUUAAUACUUUAAAAAUGAAGUAUUUUCUAAUGCAUACUGUAUGUAUAUCUCUAUGUAUUCUGCUCUUGUAUAUAAUAAUUAGUGGCAAACAAAAUUAUAAAUAAGGUUGAUAAACCAACCUGUUUAAAAACGUUAAUAUUUUUUUUCUCAUAUUUUAUUGUGUAUCUCUAUUGUAUUAUUGUGUGUCUGCUCUAUUCUCCAAUAGUGGGGGGAUGUGAAUAUAACUUGUAUCAAUAUGAUGAUGGAAUUGAAAUAUAUUUAACUGUCAGGUUUCCAAUAAACCAUCAUGAUUUUGAACAAGAUUAUAAAAAUGUAUUACUUAAAUUAUUCAGUGCUGUUAUAAUUAAAACAAUGUUUCUUUCUGGCUAUAUAGUGCCUUGACAUAUGGUUGAUAACAUAGUAUAAUGAAAUAUUGAUUUUAAAAAUCAACAGUAAAUAUCAUUUACUGUAAUUAACAGUUAUAUUUUAACACUGAAAUUCUUAUUAAUAUGAUAACAAUAAGAGUAUGCAAGAAACAUUGUUUUAGUAAAAUUAUAAUGUGGUCUUUAUCAAAACUGUACAACUUUUAAGAAUACUAAGUUUAUUUAAUAAUAAAAUUGGAUUUCCAUUUAAAAUUGUAUAAUAAAAGUUGUCAAACAACUUCAAUAAUAUUUUAUUG